GCCGGAGCCCGGCAGCCCGGGCGGGCCGGUUCCGCCCAGAGCGGCUCAGCGCGGCAGGCGGGCACCCGUGGGCUGUGGGGUCAGCCCAGUCCAGCCCGUUCUGUUUCCUCCGGCGGCCUGCGAAAGAUGAACAUUGGACUUGCGAAUAUCAGUAUGAUAUCUUGACUUUUUACCUUUGUACCCAGCAGAAGGAGAAGUAGCCAAGCAUAAAACGCGUAGCUUCUGCUGAACAAGAGCAGUAGCAGACUACAAGGAAAGAGACAAUGUCUUCUGAAACAGGUCAACAGGGAAGUCAGACACCUCCAAUAAAACAACCUGGAUGGCCAAUGUUAUUUUGUCCCAUGUCCCAAAUUCAAGACAGAGAGAUUGCAAGGAUCAUUAAAGAAUGCAAACAGGAAAGUUUUUGGUACAGAGCUCUUCCUUUAUCUCUUGGGAGCAUGCUUGUCACCCAGGGGCUAAUCUCAAAAGGCAUUUUCUCAGCAAGCCCAAGAUUUGGUCCAUACCCCAAGAUGGCACUUGCUGGUAUCUUGGGUUUUGCCAUUGGAAGGAUGUCAUACAUGGGAAAAUGCAAAAAAAAGUUUCAGAAAAUUGGUAUUGCACCAUUUUGUCCACAACAAAAAAGGAAGUGUCAUCAUACUUGCAAAGAAUGUAAGGCAAAAUUGGGAUCGAAUGAGAGAGAAGGUUCAAGUCCUUCAACAGCUUAGUGCCAGAUGUGGUGAACACAAUUAAAACCUUAUGGACCAUCUUCUUUCAAGGCACUUUCCUGUGGACUAGAAAUAAUAAUUUUGUGAUUCAAUCUCUUAAGAAUCGGUAUAAAUUGACUCAUUUGAAAUAGUUGCAUAUUGUUACGUAGCUCUGUACUAAAUACCAGUUUUUUGAAAUACACGUUUUGAAAUACACUCCUCUAUUUUCAGCACAUAUUGGUUUAUUUUCCUCUCUUCAAUGCAAUUUAGCUCUUAGUACUGAAAAAUUACAUUUGUCUAUUGUAUUUAGAUGCUGGCAAUGCUUUGUGUAACAGACAGAGUGGUUUAUGUUGGAAUGUUUGUCUGUGUCAAACGGAAAGGGUGUGAGGAUGUUUAAACGGUUUGCACAGUGAAGCAGCUAUCCAGUCUGAGCUGACCCCUUGGUUGUGGAGUCCUUUAAGAGUACCCAAUUCAGGGUAUUGUCAGACUGCAGUUACUGUGCUGAACCAACUUCCCAUAAGCCAAUUUUACACAAAGGGCUGCUUUGCCAGGGAUACCAAAAUCAUGAACAAGAACACAAUAUUUUGGAACAGCUUAUGGUUGCAUAAAAUCUGAGGCCACCAGAUGCUGAGAAAACCCCAAACCUAGAUAGCACAGGCUCUCUACAAACAGCAGGACACAGUCUUCCAUGAAACAUCUCAGCAAAUCAAAAGCAGGCACUUCCCCUAAACACAGUGAUGGCUUUCAUAUGGAAAUAUAUGCAGCUCCUGAAAAGUUUGGCCUUCACUGUCAGUCGAUGAAGACUGUCUUCUGUGAGUUUUUUCUGUUUGCUUUUAUACUAUGCCUGUGGUUAGUGGCCCUCUUUUGAACUAGCUUCUAUGGGCAUCUUUACCUCAACACAAAGAAAUUCUGCAAGCAAAAUAUAUAGUGUGGAAAAGUAGAAUAUAACUAUUAAUUGAUUAGUAAACACAAAAGACAUUCUGGAUUUGACAAAAUCAUUAGACUGAAUACUCAACUCCCUGAUAAAGCACUUGGAUAGCCUUUCCUAGCCAAGCAGCCACCAGGCAGAAGGAGAAGGGUUUGACUGGCCUCCCUGUUCUUUACUAUAAGAUUUUAUAUUUUUCUACUUGGUGUUUAGCCUUUUGAAUUCUUGAGCAACUAAGAACCCCUGUCUCAACAGGGGCUUCAAUUUUAUACUCGUUACUUUUCUACAGAAUUUUUCCACAGCACUUGCAAUGGGAGUCAGGGAUACACAGCAGUGCUGCUGUGUACAGGCAGGUGAGCCUUGGAGAGCCUUCCACAGGGCCUCCAGGGAAGAGGGGCUUACACAACCACAGAGAAGGCAACCUCCUUUGUGAAAAUCAUGUAAUAGUCAUGGGUGUGCUGUGAUAGCCACCAAAACUUGCACGGUGACAUGUCUGAGCUACUUCCCCUGUGUCUGUCCUCUGCUGCCAAGAUAACAGCCAGCAGCUGCAGCAGGCUGAGUCGUGCCUGGGUUAUCUGAGGGAAGCCAUUACAUCCAGGUGACACCAAGGAGAGCGGUGCGUGUGACAGAGGACCUUGCAUGUCAGACUCUCAGAGGUUGUUCUUGUGGUCAGUGUUACCUCUUGGGAUUACAGCUUAGCUACUGAACUUUUCUUUAAAUGUAAUUUUGAUGGUUUUUUACUUUUGAUUAUUUUUCUGUAAUAAAUAUACUGAUGUAUAAAA